UCCGCCGCCAACCUCGGCUCGGAUCCUGGGUGUACGGAAGGAAGGGGAAAGUAUCGAAGCGGGCCGAAGAGACGUGCAGCUCGUAGUCAUGCCCCGGAGAGCGUUUUUGGGCUGAUUUUGGGACUGUUUUUCGGCACAGAAGACGCGGCCGGAUAUCGGAGUCAGGAACAUGAGCGCCGCCGCCACCACCUCAGGAUCUAAAAUGGACGCUCUGAACGGGCCGAACCCCAAACCCAACGGGCCCGUUCCUGCCCCCCGCUCCAACCCCCCCGCCCCCGCCUACAACCCCAACGCCCCGCCCCUCCCCGAAGAGCUGGGGCAGGAGGACCCCCUGGCCUCCCUCACCGACGUCUCUCAGAUGUGGAUGAAGUUCGGCAAGACGUUCCUGGUGAUCCUGCCCAUCUACAUCCUGGGAUACUUCGAGUUCAGCUUCAGUUGGGUCCUGGUGGGACUCGCCGCGCUCUUUUACUACAAGAGGAACCACAGCGAGCAGGACAAUCGCAUCAACCGCGCGCUCAAGUUUCUGGACCACGAGGAGAAGGUCACCAAGAGGAACGCCGCCGCUGCUCAGCUGCCUCCCUGGGUUCAUUAUCCAGAUGUGGAGCGGGUGGAGUGGUUAAACAAGACGGUGAAGCAGAUGUGGCCGUUCAUCUGUCAGUUCGUGGAUAAACUCUUCAGAGAAACCAUCGAGCCGUCGGUGAAAAACGCCACGCCGUACCUGAGCUCCUUCUGCUUCACCAAGAUCGACCUGGGAGACAAGCCUCUGCGGGUGAACGGAGUGAAGGUCUACACAGAGAACGUGGACAAGAGGCAGGUGAUCAUGGACCUGGAGGUCAGUUUUGUGGGAAACACGGAGAUCGACGUGGAUAUAAAGAAGUUCUACUGCCGAGCGGGCAUCAAAAACAUCCAGCUCCUCGGGGUGAUGCGUGUGGUGAUGGAGCCGCUCUUGGGGGACAUGCCUCUGGUCGGGGCCCUGUCCGUCUUCUUCCUCAAGAAACCUUGGUUGGACAUAAACUGGACGGGACUCACCAACAUGCUGGAUAUUCCUGGAGUCAAUGGUCUGAGUGACGGCUUGAUCCAGGACAUCCUCUGUCAGUAUUUGGUUCUUCCAAAUAAAAUCACUAUUCCUCUGGUGGGAGACGCCCAACUCUCCCAACUGCGCUUCCCCGUGCCCAAGGGCGUGUUGAGGAUCCACUUCCUGGAGGCUCAGGAUCUUUUGGGCAAAGACAGGUUUUUAGGAGGUUUGAUCAAAGGAAAGUCCGACCCGUACGGAGUGAUCCAGAUCGGGACCCAACUGUUCCAGAGCAAAGUCAUCCACGACACCGUCAACCCCAAGUGGAACGAAGUCUACGAGGCUCUGAUUUAUGAUAACUCGACGGUGAAGAAUCUGAAGCUGGAGCUGUUCGACGAGGACACAGAUAAAGACGACUUCUUGGGAAGUUUGAUGAUCGAUUUGGACGAACUGGAGAAGGAACAGAAAGUGGACGAGUGGUUCGUUCUGGACGACGUGGGUCAGGGGAAGAUCCACCUGAAGCUGGAGUGGCUCAGUCUGCUCCCCACGCCAGAAAAACUCAACCAGGUCCUGACGGGGAUCCGGGCCCACCGAGGCCACGCCAACGACGGCCUCUCCUCCGCCCUGCUCAUCGUCUUCCUCGACUCAGCGCGAAACCUGCCCACGGCCACAGUCAGUAAGGUCCUCAAGACGGGAAAGAAGGUGACGUCCGACCCGAGUCCGUUCGUGCAGUUCACGGUGGGACACAGGAGUUUUGAGAGUAAGACGCGUUACAAAACCAACGAGCCCGUGUGGGAGGAGGCCUUCACUUUCCUCGUCCACAAUCCAAUAACGCAGCAGCUGGACGUCGAGGUGAAGGACGAGAAGCACGAGUGUUCCCUGGGCACGCUCACCGUUCCUCUGCAGGAGCUGAAGGAGGCCAAAGACAUGACCAUGAACAAGAGCUUCAGCCUGAGGAGCUCUGGGCCCAGCUGCAGCCUCAAGAUGAAGAUGGCCCUGAGGAUCUUGUGUUUGGAGAAAGACGUCUCCGCCUCCUCAGACUCCGCCCCCUCCUCGGUGCAGGUGCGUAAGAGCUCCGCCUCCACGCCCCGCCCCUCCAUCUCCUCCGACAGCGGCCUGAAGGCUCCCUCCGACUACGGGGUCCCGCGCUCCGCCUCCGUCUCCGCCCCCAACCAGAACCAGAACCUCCAGAGCCUCCAGAACCUCCAGAACGGGGGCCUGGAGAAGAAGAACCUGACCCAGUCCAGCCUCACCAUCUCCGGGUCUCAGCAGAACCUCGCCGGAGCCAAAGAGCCGACGCCCUCCAUCGCCUCGGACAUUUCAAACCCGUACGCCGCGCAGGAGCUGCAGUACAGGCUCGCACAACUGCACAAUGGCUCUGAACAUGUUCCUCUGGGUGAGAUCCAACUCACCAUCAGACUGAGCUCCCAGAGGAACAGACUCAUCGUGGUCGUACACAGCUGCAGAAACCUGAUCGCGUUCACGGAUCACGGCUCAGACCCGUACGUGCGUCUGUAUCUGCUCCCCGACAAACGCCGCUCCGGACGAAGGAAAACCAGCACGUUCAAGAGGACGCUCAACCCCGUCUACGACCAAACGUUUGAGUUCAGCGUGUCCUUGGUGGAGCUGCACAGACGAACUCUGGACGUGGCCGUGAAGAACGGAGGAAGUCUCCUGUCCAAACACAAGGGUCUCCUGGGGAAGGUUCUGGUGGAUCUGACUCAUGACGACAUCACUAAAGGAUGGACACAGUGGUAUGAGCUGAGCGAGGACGGGCUGAACAAACCGCCGCUGAUGUCGCUUUAGACCUCGUCACAUGUCGUCGUCACAUGUCGUCGUCACAUGUCGUCGUCACAUGUCGUCGUCACAUGUCGUCGUCACAUGACCUCGUCACAUGACCUCGUCACAUGACCUCGUCACAUGACCAGCUCCGCGCACCUUUAAUUCACUUUAUUUACUACGGCAAACACACACACACACAGACACGCCCCCAUCACGGUCGCCUCCCCUUUAAGACGGCGCAGGUUAAAGGGGCGGGCGCCUGACUCCGCCUUUUAUUUUAUUCUUUUUAUCGACACAUUUGUACAAACGCUCAGACCCCGGUUUUCGUUUUACGUUUUUUUUUUUUCUUAAACUUGUACAAUUCCAAAGACGCUGAAACAUGCCAAAGAAAUCACAAGUAUUUCACGCAUUUUUUAUUAUUUUUUUACUUUUUUAUUUCACUUUAAAGCUGCGCUGAGUCACUUUUCUUGCUUGUUACCAUGGUGAUAUUAUAGCUUAACCUGGAAAGUCCCAAAGUGCAUAAAAAAUAUCAAUCUUGCUUUUUAAAAAAAAAAAAUUAUUUUACUUUUUUUAUCACUUGAAAUCUUUGCUCUUUGCUGUGCGUGGGCUCGCCUCUCCGCAGCUCUGACCCGUUUCCAUGGAGAUAAAGAGAAAUAGGAGACUGUGGGACAUUCCAGCGCAGACUCCAGAAAAGUGACGGAGUGCGGCUUUAACGUCUGCGAGCGGCUGCACUGCAAAAAAAACUCGACGACGUACAAGAGUCAAAAUUACACAAACUCUGAGUCUGAAGUCGUUUCUUUAAUAAAUCCAGUUUUAAAUAUUUUUUUAAAAUUGUCUUUAAAAUGUUAAAAUUCUUUAAUAUAAUUAUUAUUUUUUUUACUUGUUUUGAUCCAUUUUGUAAUUUAUUUCAAGCUUGUUUUUCUUGUCAAAUAAAUGUUAAAAUUAAAAAGAUCCUGCACAUAAACUAAACAUGA